AUGGAAAAAGUACCUAAAGAAGAAAUAGAUACUUUCGCAAUAUAUUUGCCUCAUCAUGCUGUAGUGCGAGACAAUGAAACAACUAAAGUGAGAAUUGUUUUAGAUGCGUCGUGCAAGGGAUCGAACAACACGUCACUCAAUAAUUUGUUGUACGUGGGACCUAAGCUACAGCAGGAUUUAAGAAAUCUGAUCAUGAGAUGGCGUAUGCGAGAAAUAUGCUACACAUCCGACAUUAAAAAAAUGUAUCGCAUGGUACUGGUUAAAAAAGAAGACGCUGACUGUCAAAGAAUACUGUGGAGAAAACAUUUUACCGACGAAGUUGAAGACUAUAGAAUGCUACGUGUUACAUUUGGUACGGCCUCUGCGCCAUAUUUAGCGAUCAAAGCCUUAAAGCAGUUAUCACAAGACGAAAACGACACAUUUCCAAUAGGAGCUGAAAUUCUUAAAGAAGAUUUCUAUGUUGACGAUUGCCUCAGCGGAGACCACACUCUGGAAGGUGCUAUCAAAGGCAGUUUACAGCUUCGACAACUGCUAGAAAAAGGAGGAUUUGUGCUACAAAAAUGGGCAUCAAACAGUAAAGAAUUUCUUGAGAAAAUUCCACGAUCAUUAAGAAGCAGCAGCGUUGAGAAAGGAAUUACAAGUGAGAGUACAAUUAAAACUCUAGGCUUAACUUGGAAUAUGACAACAGACUCAUUUCGUUAUCACACAAAAUUACCAUUAAAACCAACAUGUAUUACAAAAAGGACAAUUCUAGCAGACGUGCAAAGCCUUUUUGAUCCACUGGGCUGGAUAUCACCGGCAAUUAUAAUGGCAAAGAUGUUGAUACAGAACAUUUGGAAACAGAGACUUGAUUGGGAUGAAAUAGUAGAACAAAAAGAAGAAGAAGAAUGGUUAAAAUUACGUGAGAGUUUCGGAAACAUGAACAAGAUACAAAUUAAUAGAUGGAUAUAUACAAAUCAAGACACAAGUAAAAUAACCUUACACGGAUACUGUGAUGCGUCAAAUAAAGGAUACUGUGCUGUUGUUUAUUAUAGAGUUGAAACCCACACAAUCAAAACAGGCAUCAUUGCAUCUAGAACUAAAUUGGCUCCCCUUAAGCCUAUAUCUCUGCCACGCUUGGAGUUAAGUGGUGCUGUGCUUUUGUCUAAGCUAUUAAAGCAAGUCAGAGAUGCUAUGAGAUUAAAAGAAAGUCAAACAUUUGCAUGGACAGACUCAACGAUCGUCUUGUCAUGGCUGAUGGGUGACCCGAAUAGAUGGCAAAUAUUUGUAAGCAAUAGAGUUGUUGAAAUUUUGGAGAACGUUUCCAUCACCCAGUGGUUCCAUGUUAAAUCAAAGGAAAAUCCAGCUGACAUCGGGUCAAGAGGAAUGAAUCUAAAUAAUCUCAUAAAUAACAAACUAUGGUGGGAAGGGCUAGAAUGGCUUAAGCACAAAAAUAUAAUUUAUUCAAAACCGAACAUUCCAACUACAGACUUAGAGAUGAAGAAAGUAAAGGUAAAUGCACAAUUAGAAAAGAAUAUACCAAUGUUGAUAAGCGAAGAAUUCGAUACAUUACAAGAACUUUUAAAAACAAUUAUCUACAGUUUAAGAUUUUUAAAUUCGAAGAAGAGUCCAGAAAAUAUAAAUAAGGAAAUUACAACAGAUGAAGUAGAAAACGCCCUAACAAAAUGCAUUAGAAUUGCACAAGACCAAGAAUUCAGUAAAGAAAUAGAAGCAUUACAAAAGCAAAGAAAUGUAGCAAGAGAAAGCAGUUUAAGAAAUCUCAAUCCAUACUUAGAUGAGAAGAGAUUGAUCAGGGUGGGCGGUAGAUUGAGAAAUGCUAAUUUGAGUCACGAUCAGAAGCAUCCGAUUAUACUUGAUACGUCAGACACGGAACUGGAAAUUUUGACACCAGGACAUUUCUUGAUAGGAGAAACACCUGUGUCCAUACCUAAUCCAAACCUUCAAGAUGUCAGCUUAAGCAAAUUAUCACGAUGGCAGCAUGUGCAACGACUAGUAGGAAAUUUUUGGCACAAAUGGCAGAACGAGUAUUUAACUCGCCUUCAGACUCGUUCUAAAUGGGUAAAGACGCAGAAAGAAUAUGAAAUUGGCGACAUUGUACUUCUGAAGGAAGACCAAAUGCCGCCGGGCAAAUGGGCUAGGUACUUCAAUGAGUUUGUAAAUGUACACUAA